AUGUCUGAAGAAACGAAUGCACCGACCGAGCGCGGUCCCACGAUCAUCAAUGUCGGCACGCGCAACUCGCCCCUCGCCAUGGCUCAAGCUGAGCUUGUGGUCGCCACUCUGCAGGCUCAGUUCCCCGAGUAUACCUUCCCCAUCCACGGUAUGACGACGACCGGCGAUCGAGACCAGAAGACUGCUCUCUACAACUUUGGCGGCAAGGCGCUGUGGACCUCGCAGCUAGAGGAGAGGCUGGUCGCCAAUGAGUUGGACAUGGUGGUGCACUGCCUAAAGGACAUGCCCACGGCUCUGCCCGAGGGCUGCGUCAUUGGUGCCAUCACCACGCGCGAGGACCCCCGCGACACGCUCGUCCUCAAAAAGGAACUCAUCGAGAGCAAGGGCUACAAGUGUCUUGCCGACCUGCCAGAUGGCAGUGUGAUCGGCACGAGCAGUAUCCGCCGCAUCGCACAGCUGCGACGCCACUAUCCGAACCUCCACUUCAAGGACCACAGAGGCAACAUUCACACGCGCCUCAGGAAACUCGAGGAAGACCCUGAGCUUUCGGGUAUCAUUCUUGCCGCAGCAGGCCUGCAGCGUAUGAAGCUCGAUGCGCACAUCUCGCAGUUCCUCGACCUGGACAAUGGGGGUAUAUUGUACGCCGUUGGACAGGGUGCGCUGGCCGUGGAGUGCCGCGCGGGGGACGAGCGUGUCCUCAAUGUGCUGGGUAGCUUGGAAGAAGAAAAGGCGAAACUGGGCUGUCUGGUGGAGAGGAGUCUGAUGCGGACACUCGAAGGUGGAUGCAGCGUCCCAAUUGGCGUCGAGACCAAGUGGAUUGAAGACAAACUACGAGUACGCGCUACCGUGGUCAGCGUUGAUGGAAAAGAGUGCGUGGACGCCGAGAUGCUGGAAGGUGUAUCGUCGCCAGAGGCGGCCGAAGAAUACGGGCAGCGGGUUGCGCUGAACCUCGUGGAGCGUGGUGCCGGCAAGAUUCUGGAUGCGAUCAAUGCGAAGAGGCCGGCUCCUGGUACUGCGUAA